AUGUCCUCUCAUCACUCUCAUUCCUUCUCAAUCCCUCUCAUUCCUAUUCAUUCCCUCUCAUUCCUUUUCAUUCUCUCUCAUUCCCUCACAUCCGCUCUCAUUCCCUCUCAUCAUCUCUCAUUCCCUCUCAUUCCCUCUCAUUCACUUUCAUCCUCUUUCAGCCCCACUCUUUCCCUCUCAUCCACUCUCAUACACUCUCAACGCCUCUCAUCCAAUCUCACACACUAUUAUUCCCUCUCAUCCCCUCUCAUCCCCUCUCAUACCCUCUUAUCCACUCUCAUUCACUCUCAUUCACUCUCAUACCCUCCCAUCCACUAUCAUAUACACUCUCGUCCACUCUCAUCCCCUCUCAUUCACUUUGAUCGCCUUUCAUCCCCUCUCAUUCCCCCUCAUAACCUAUCAUAUACACUCUCAUCCCUCCACAUACUCUCUUACUCAUUCCGUCUCAUCCCCUCUCAUCCCCUCUUAUACACUAUCAUACACUCUCAUACCCUUCCAUCCACUAUCAUAUACACUCUCAUCCCCUCUCAUACUCUCCCAUACCCACUCAUCCAGUCUCAUCCCUCCUCAUACACUCAUACACUCUCAUCCCCUCUCAUCCCCUCUCAUCCCCUCGUAUGCACUCUCAUACUCUCUCAUUCACUCUCAUACCCUCCCAUCCACUAUAAUAUAUUCUCUCAUCCCCUCUCAUACUCUCCCAUACACAUUCAUCCAGUCUCAUCCCUCCUCAUAAACUCUCAAACACUCUCAUCCCCUCUCUUACACUCUCACACCCUAUCAUCCCCUCUCAUCCCCUCUUAUACACUCUCAUUCACUCUCAUACCCUCCCAUCCACUAUCAUGCACACUCUCAUUCACUCUCGUUCCCUUUCAUCCCCUCUCACUCACUCUCAUUCCCUCUCAUCCCCUCUCAUCCCCUCUCAUCCCCUCUCAUCCCCUCUCAUUCACUCUCAUACACUCUCUUACACACUCCCAUCCCUCCUCAGCCACUCUCAUACACUCUUAUACACUUUUAUUCACUCUCAUCCCCACUCAUCCACUAUCGUAUACCCUCUCAUCCCCUCAUCCCCUUUCAUCCCCUCUCAUACACUCUGAAGCACUCUCAUCCCUUCUCAACCCGUCUCAUCCAUUCUCAUCCCCUCUCAACCCCUCUCAUUCACUCUCAUACACUCUCAUCCCCUCGCAUACACUCUCAUAG